ACAAGACUCUAUAGCCGCCAAGUGACCGGAAAGGUGUGUUUCAUCACAUGCAUGAAACGCAGGCAAUAUUUAGAAGGAAUACAAACAUUUUAUAUUAGUUUGCGAAAAUCUGUCUCAAAGUUAAGAUGUCUGCAAUCGUGAGUGGCGUAUUAAAUUCCACCAUCGGUUUAUUGUGCAGUAAACUACGAGAUUACACUGCAAAGAGAUUGAACGAAGGUGACGCAAACGAUGAAAAAUGCAGACAGAUCAUUGUUCGAGAACUCGAUGAUAUUAAAUCGAAACUCGACGGUCUGUCCAGAAAGGAUCUACUUGCCAGCCUCAGUUUUUUCAAAGAAGGUGUCACUAGAUUGUAUACUUCUCUAGAGACAUCUGUUGAAUCUUGUGAUGGACCCAGCACCUCACAAGCACCCGUAGAAGACCAAUCUGAAGUCGAAGGUGCAACAGCGAUGAUUCCAGUCACCCAAGCUGAACACGAUAUCGUACAAAGGAUUUCUGAACUUUCCGAUCUCAUUGGGAACUUAAAAAUCGCAUCACAGGAUCGCUACAAAUCAGCCAAGGAGUCUUUAAAAGAAGCAAAAAGACUAGCAACCGAAGCAUUCAACAAUGCAGCGUUGAGCAGCGAAGAUAGAUUAAUGGCAAGCAAACUUCGUAUUGCCAGCAGAAUCCUCGAAUGCCUAGACGAUCCUGAAGCAGCCGUUCGAGAUUGCUUACUCUAUCUGAAAGAGCUACACGAUUUACCUGCCGUACAAGCAAUGUUUUCUGUAUGGUACGAUUCAGGUAAAGGGAUUACAUCCCGCUUACGAGCUCGCUUCAACAAAAAGAAAAGGAAUGUCAACGUAGAUUCGAUACAAAUGAUCAAUGCGUUAUUGAUAGAUCUGGCUACGAAAUUUACAAACAUUAGCAUGGGAUCCGGAUGUUUAAGCUGGCCUACGAUAAAGAUUGGCAAAGAAAUUUAUCACCCAAUUUUGAACAACAAUGCAGUUUUAGGAGAAAGGGAAAAGAACGACAUGCAAUUUACUUGGAUCUGGAAGCUUCCUGAGCGUAUUGAUUACCAUGGUUGCGCGCUCACUGGUAAUGGAGAAAUACUAUCAUUAAGAUCAAAUCGCAUAAGUCUUACACUCACAAGAAAAAACGGUGAAUGCGAGUUGUUUUGUACCAUUCCCUCAGAAAACGAUGGAGAUAUCCUGAACGAAAUACGCUGUCUUGCUGUCGAUGAACAUGAUAACGUAUACACCGUCAUUGAAAUCCCGUCCUGCUACGAAAAUGUUCCAACGAAAUACAAAUUAUUAACCUUUGAUGCGAAUGGGAACGUAAAAGCGGACAGAUCACUUGAUAUUACUGAAGAAACAACGAGACGGCUAGAAAUGAGUGUGACCAAAGAAGGUUUGAUUGUUAUCUACUGUUGUGAGAGGAACACCAUGUAUAUCUGCGACAUCACAAACGCCAAGCCAGACUACGAAUUUCUACUGCCCUGCAAAAAUGUAAAUCCCGACGACAUUCACGAUUUUAGUUUUACUGUUUCUGAUAAAAAUGAAAUCAUUUGCACUAUUUCCAAAUAUGAAAACCUAAAAUGUUUUUACAUGUACAUCAUUACAAUGGAUGGUAAGCUGAAACGUGCAGUGCAAGUACAAGCUAAACAUUCAGAGGAAAGCGAAAUGAGUGUUGUCUUUAAUCAUGUCAACGAAACUAUUCUUGUCAGUUUGGAGAAAAUUUAUGAUGAUGAGUAUGAUUAUUAUGGCAGUGAUAGUGAUGACAGUGAUGACGAUGACAGUGAUGAUGACAGUGAUGAUGAUGAUGAAAGUGAUGAUAACAACAAUCGUUCUACUAACAUUGAUUUUCGUAAACACGACCACACUACUAUCUACAGUUUUUCAAACACUGGUGAACUGCUCAAUAACUUUAAUAUUCCGGAUUGGUAUGCACAGCUGAUAUCACAUCCAAAUGGACCUAUUGCUUUAAUGAAACACACUAAAGCAGUUAUAAUCCAAAUGUUAUAAUAUAAUAUAAUAUAAUAUUGGUAAGUUUUGGCCUUAGUUAACUAUAUAUGUUCAUAUAUAAUGUAGCUAGUGUUUGGUACAAAACUCAGAAUAUGGACAUUUUAUUCAACUAUACUAUGUUUUAUACAUUUCGGCUAUACUUUAAUCUUCAGCAGUAAAUAGCAUUGAAAUAUAGUCCUCACGAUGUAUUACAGGUAAACGACGUGAAGCGUUCAUAAGCGAAAAUAACUCGGUGGUUCAGUAAUGCUUGGUUAUUCCGUGACUUUAUAGUAUACAGAACUGUAUUGGUAUUGCAAAAUUUGAUUGAACUACUUUUUAUAAUAUUUUAUAUUUGAAGCAGUAAAUAAGCUGUAGCCUUAGUGUGGACAGACUAGUGGAAUAUUACUGCCAGAAAAUUAAUUACACUUAAAUAUUAAAUAGAAUUGACCAAGUAGUAAGAGGGGGGUAAGGGGGGUAAAGGGAGGUGUUGUACAACCCCCACCUUUUGCUAAGAGUGUCGGUAAAAUCGGAAAAAGAAAGACUGAUUGGCAAAAUAAGGGAGAGGUCAUUGGUAAUUUUUUUAUACAGCAUCUUUAUCAAGCACUUAUAUGUUGCUGUCUCAGUUUAAUUUACAAAUAUUUUACAAUAAAGACUUUUAAUCAAAUUGAAUUGCACUGUACUUUGGUACUGUUAAUUAGACCUUAAUACUGUUAGUCCUUACUUGAAG